CCGGUGGAGAGGACCAGCCCCCCAGGAAGGCGACCACCCCUCGCCCCCACCCUCGGCAUCCCACGUGGGGCGCUUCCCCGCCGGGGCCUCUCCCUCGCCCACCCUCCCCGACCAGAUGGCUGGUUCUCCUGGCUUUUCCACCAGGGAGGUCUUCCUCCGAAGAAGUCGCAGAGACUGCGGAUCGAGCCGCGCUCCGGUUAAGGAGACUAUGUAAUCGCCUGCUGUGGGUGCGGAGGACUUCGCUUCGGAGAGGGAAGAGGAGGGAUCGGCUCGCUCCCCGGCUCAGCAGGCGGAGUUUCGGCGCGGCAGCACCAGGGUUGCGCCAGUCCCGCGGAGAGGUCGCUGCGAGCCUGCGCCGGCGACCGCGAGAGCUCCGGAGCCGGGGGUGCCGAGGAGAGCGAGUCCGAGCCAGCCUUGCGGAGCGCAGUUCCCGCCGGACGGGAGCGACGUGCAGGCAGCAUGGAGAAGGAGGGCCGCGCGGACCAGCAGUACGAGUGCGUGGCGGAGAUCGGCGAGGGCGCCUACGGGAAGGUGUUCAAGGCCCGCGACCUCAAGAACGGAGGCCGGUUCGUGGCGCUGAAGCGCGUGCGGGUGCAGACGGGCGAGGAGGGCAUGCCGCUCUCCACCAUCCGCGAGGUGGCGGUGCUGAGGCACCUGGAGACGUUCGAGCACCCCAACGUGGUCAGGCUGUUUGAUGUUUGUACGGUGUCCCGGACCGACAGAGAGACAAAAUUAACACUAGUGUUUGAACACGUUGAUCAAGACUUGACCACUUACUUGGAUAAAGUUCCGGAGCCUGGAGUGCCCACUGAAACCAUCAAGGAUAUGAUGUUUCAGCUGCUCCGAGGUCUGGACUUUCUUCACUCUCACCGAGUAGUGCAUCGCGAUCUCAAACCGCAGAACAUUCUGGUGACCAGCAAUGGACAAAUCAAACUGGCCGACUUCGGCCUGGCCCGCAUCUACAGUUUUCAGAUGGCUCUUACCUCGGUGGUCGUCACGCUAUGGUACCGAGCUCCAGAAGUCCUGUUGCAGUCCAGCUACGCCACCCCCGUGGAUCUCUGGAGUGUUGGCUGCAUUUUUGCAGAAAUGUUCCGCAGAAAGCCUCUUUUUCGCGGCAGUUCAGAUGUGGACCAGCUAGGAAAGAUCUUGGAUGUCAUUGGACUCCCAGGAGAAGAGGACUGGCCCAGAGACGUGGCUGUUCCCAGGCAGGCGUUUCAUUCCAAAUCUGCCCAGCCGAUCGAGAAGUUUGUGACCGAUAUUGAUGAGCUGGGCAAGGAUCUCCUUCUGAAGUGCUUGACCUUUAACCCCGCCAAGAGGAUAUCUGCCUAUGGUGCCCUGGCUCACCCGUACUUCCAGGACCUGGAGAGGGGCAAGGAGAGCCUAGAUGUCCACCUGCCAUCCAGCCAGAACGCCUCUGAGCUGAACACAGCCUGAGGCCCUCCAACUGCCUGGAGCCCAUCGUCUGGAGGCCACCUGCUGGCUGCCAGGUCCCGAGCACACCCUGCAGAGUUGUCAAGGACAACUGUCCCCAGGCCUGCGGCCACCACCUACCAAACAGGCUCUGCUCCUCCGAGAAAACCACCCAGUUUACUGUUCUGAAAUCAAUGCAAGAGUGAUUGUGCUUGGUGUUUGUGUGUCUGUCUGUCUGUCUGUUUCAAGAACCUGGAAAAACUCCAGAGGAAGAGAAGCUGCUGACCAAUUGUGCUGCCAUUUCCUUUUUCUGACCUUUAAUGCUGCCCAAUGUGGAGUGGGUUUCCAGGCACAGCUAUUAGUGGUGUCAUCGGCCUGCGGCUGCUGGGCCUCACUUGGUACUUCCAAGAGUGGCAUGUGUGUGCAUGUGUGUGUGUGUGUGAGAGAGAGAGAGAGAGAGAGAGGGAAAUUGGUUCAGUGAUUUCUUAAAGUGUUAACUUUUUGUAAACAGCACCAAUACUUCAAUUUUAAAGACUCAAGGUGAUCAAUAAGUAACAAGCCUUGGCUCACCAGGAUGAUUCACUGUUAGGGUCUGCUCGGGGGAGAAAGUUGAGCCUGUGCCCUCACGUUCUCAAUGUUUCCCUUCUGGCCAAAAGCGGUCCAUUUGCUAGUUGUAGAGGAUAAAAGUUUUAUACACACAGCAAAAAAGAAAAAAAAAUUAUGUUGUAAGAGACCUGUUUUUUAAAGCAUGCUUUCUAUUUACUCUUUGAAAAGCUGGAUUUACUCGUAAGCCUAUUUUAACCUUCUCUUAUAGUAUCAUGCUUUUUAUUGUUUCUUUUGGAAAAUAUCCUAGAGACUUUUUUUAUUACUUGUUAUAGUUUUAGAGAGUGUACCUCAAAUAGGUUUAAAAAAAAUAGGUAAAACCUUUUGUUUCCUGACCUGAAACAUCAUUAUUACCUUUCUGUUGUUAGUUGUGUAGGUUUGGGGUUUCAGGGUUGACUGUUUCCUGCUUGGGUUUGAAGAGUAGCUUCUUGUGCCUCUAGCGACAGGAGUGCCUUCAGCUUACCCCGCCUGGGACACUGUACUUGCCACCAGGCACUGCCUUUGCUUGCAAAGUGUCCCACCUGCCCAGCCCAGCCCCUGCAGUCCCAGCG